CCUUAUGCCGGUGGACAUCGCAGGGAGAGAAGACAACAGUUCUUCAAGAAUCAUCCGGUCAUGUACAGAAGGAGAGAGUCACCGGAGACUUUGCAACGCCUCCAGGCGAGGGUGAACGCAUACCUAGAGGUGCUGGUCCUUGGGCGCAACGACACAAUUGAACUCCCGCCCUUGGACUACGGAGUUCUCGACCUCCCCACACGCGACGUUCUUCCUGGUGAAGAUCUCUGCGUUGUAUGCAAAAGGCUCGAUUUGAGUACCAUCCGAGGCGAAAGCGACGACGAGGUCGAAUUCCUCCUGGGCCACGUCGAAGAUAUUGUCCAAACGGAACGCUGUGCGCUGUGUCGACUGGUCAAACAAUCCCUGCUGCUGAACUGGACGAAGCUCCCGCUGUAUGCAAAAGACGGGAGCCGCAUCCGCUGUCACCUGUUCAUCCCCGGUCCGCACCAUGGACGAGGCCGCAGGGAGAUUGUCGUUCUCCCACUGGUACCGGAUAGCGGGGAUCGAGACGGGGCUUUAGCUCUGGAUAGUCGACCGACGCUGAAGCUGCUGCAUGACGACCUCACGCUCGUCAAGCCCGAUAUGAGUGGAAAAAUAUCCGACGUUGCUCGCAAGAUCCCCCUACAGUGCGACCUGAAUUUCUUUGCCGAGAGUUACAGGACUUGCAGACAAAAGCACGGACUGCGAUGCGAAUGGUUCAAGUUCCUGCCUCUACCUUCGUCAGCUAAGGAGAGCGGGGAGUCGCUCAAGGCUAUGUCAUUUGCGCAGGACUUGCGUGUCAUUGAUAUCGAGAAGCAAAGCGUCAUCAGGGCGCCAUUCCAAUGCCAGUUUGUUGCACUGAGCUACGUGUGGGGGAAGAUCGAGUUUCUGCGCCUGACCAAGGACAACCGAGCCGAACUAGAGCAGGACGGGGCACUUCGCAAGUACAAGCCACCGGCCACCGUGAGAGACGCAAUGGACCUUGUGCGGGCUUUAGGAGAGCGCUACAUCUGGGUUGAUGCACUUUGCAUCGUCCAGGAUGACAAUGAUGAUAAGAAAGUCCAGAUCCAGCAGAUGGACAUCAUAUACAGUGCCGCAGUUUUGACCAUUGUUGCAGCCGGGGGAAUGGAUGCACACGCACCUCUCCCAGGUUUGCUUCCUGCGACUCGGAGUCCGCACCAACCCAUUGAAUCCAUCAACGGGCUGCGCUUCGCUGCUACAGGACCUGGCCUUGCGGAGACAAUGAGUCGACUCUGCUGGAACACGCGCGGCUGGACAUUCCAGGAGUUGGCUUUAUCAAAGCGCGCUCUAUGCUUCAUGCCAGAUCAGGUGUAUUAUAUGUGUCGGACCGGCAUCUGCAGCGAAGACAGCAUCCCGGAAGCCUUGCAAUCGUCACAAACUUUUCCGGGCCGCUCGCUUGAUGUGUUCGGGCUGAAUGCAGAUCGUGGAGUGUGGCACUGCUACACAAGCAUGGUCAAUCAGUUUACAAGCAGAGAGUUUACAUACGAGUCCGAUGUCAUCGACGCGCUAGAUGGUCUCUUCAGCAGCCUGAGGACGGUCGAAGAUGAGGCUUUCAUAUGUGGCCUGCCGGAGACGUUUCUGGAUGCAGCUCUUUUGUGGCAACUGAGUGCGCCACUCCGGCGUAGAAAGCCCCUUCCAAGCGGAGAAGAUAUUCCAUCGUGGUCUUGGGCCGGUUGGGUCGGUAAAACAGGCUACUCGUGGUAUAUCAACCCAGAUGAUAUUCAUGCGGAGAUCACGGGUUGGGCGAUCACCACAUCGACCGAUACUUACAGCCUGUACGUGGAUCCGAAUUAUAACAGCAGAAGCGACUACGAAAGUGUCGAACGUAGCCGCUGGCGGGGGCUCCGAGACGGAAGACUCCCUUCGGCGGGCUUCGAGGCAACUUCGCCACCGUGGAAACCGUCGCCAUGGCGUUCAGAGUCUCCAGUCGAAGUCAGAGCCAAGAGAGCCGUGCAACAAAAGCAUGCCAGUUGGCAAGGAGACCACUCACUCUCGUACAAAUAUUCGUCUGAUGCGCACGGACUCCCUCGGAUCCUGAGCGGGACGCUGUGCUUCAAGACUCGUAUGGCAUCCUUCAUCAUCGGGUGCGACCGCGGCAAGUGGUUCGUAAAUGAGAUGCGUCCCGGACAGCGUACGUUAGAGCCGCUACUUCUCUUAUAUCGCGAGGGCAGGAAGCCGGCCAUCUGGGUCGGAACCUUGCUAGUAGAAACCGAGGAGGCGAAGACGAUGGACCAACUCUCCAUCGGCCAAUUCAUCAUCCUUUCGAGCACGUCAACCUGCCUCAGCCCAAUCAAGUACGAGUAUGGCGUCCGACUCCCCGCAAACGGCACCAUCUACGACGAGACGCGGUUCGGCCCACUUCGAGAAACGUCCGAGGAGCCGCCGACCCUCUAUAACGUCAUGUGGAUCAAUUGGCGUCCGAGCGGCUCGACUAGGCGUGGCAUUGGCCAGGUACAUAGGGACGGAUGGGAAUUGGCGGAUUCUCUCGAGAGGACCAUCAAGUUGAAGUAG